GCGCAGAGCAGGUUAUUACAGGUUAAAGUGAGACGCUUCCUCAUUAGAAACAGAGUCUGUGGAGGUGAAGCUGUUCGUUCGCUCCUUCAGUUGAUUUAAUAAAAUAACUGAUGUCAACAUAAAGUGGAAGAUCCCGCUGAUCCUCCAACAAGUCUGUCUGACUGCGAUGAACCCAGGAAGCUGCUCAGCAGGAAAACUUUGUCUUCACCUGCUCGAACAUGUUCCUGCACCUGGAGAAGAGUUUGUGGAUCCUAAUGACUGACAGAAGAUACAGACUCAGGGACAGGGAGAAGAUUAUCUGGAUCGUUGUUCUCCUCAGCCUCACCUCCUCUGUCCGUGGGAUAUUUAAGAGAAAGACCUUCUAUCAGGCUGAGGAGAACGAUAACGUCACCAUCAGAUGGGACGUUCACACCAAAACCGACAUGUCUCUCACCAACUUAGUUUGUGUUUUCCAGUCAGAUAUUCAGAAGGGUUUCUAUCAGAUGAUAAACGGGGCUGAGGUCCCAGAGUCUCAGCACCAGCAGUUUGCAGGACGGGUCCACUGUGAUAGAGAUGGUCUUAGAGAGGGACAGAUCAGACUCCACGUGUCCGGGAUCACAGCCGAAGACUCGGGGAGGUACUGGUGUGACCUGGCUGUGAAUUAUGACAGGACCAUGAAUCGAUGGGUGCUCAGGGCCUCAGAAAUGUUUGUUCUGAACGUGAGUCGGACCUCUGGAGGAGACAAUGCACCAAAGACUGAACCGCCAAGUCAUGGAGGUUCCCGAAACCCAAAAGGAAACCCAGUUAAGGAACAGGUUUUUCUGGCUGUUUUUAUCCUGUUUCAAACUGUAACAGUCGUGGCAGCUUUUGUAAAAUUACUCAAAACCCCACAACGGAAAGAUCAAAACCAAGAUGAAACUUGUGGCACCGAGUCCUCGACUGUUCAGCAAAGAGAUGAAGUUAAUGUCGACAUUCCUGACCACUCCAGUCGUGAAUAAACAUGAAGGGAAUUAUGGGAUGGAGGGACAACCCUGCUUCACCUCCUCUCUGUCCAGGUCCUGUCCAUUAAAUCCUGCCUUGAUCAGAGAGUUUGCAGAGUUUGUACAGUUGUUUAUUUUCUUUCUUAAUCAGUUAAACAGCAGCUUUACCAUGAAACAUCAGCUUCACUUGUUCACUCUGAUGUACAGACUUCAAACAGCUAACAAGUCGAUCACUGCACUGAAACAAGCUGCUGAUCUAUAAAGUUUGUACAUAUUGUGUCUAUUUCAGACAUUUAAUAAUGUAUAUAUGUAGAUUAUUUUAUAUAUAUUAAAAUAUAUAUUUUUACAUGUAAUUCAUAUUGUAUUAAUAUGUAUUUCAUACAUGUAAUACUAGCAAUACAUGUCUUGUUUAUAAUUUGUAUAUAUUGUUCUGUUUAUAUCUUGUUUUGUACUUUCUCAAUAUUGAUGCCUUUUUAUAUUUUGAUGCUGUAAGUGAAAAUUCCCUCCUGUACCACUAAUAAAGUGCUAUCAUAUCGUA